AUUGUGUCACUUGUUGAUCCUACUUGACAAGACUCCUAACUGGGCACCGGAGUAUUCCUCCCCCGAAUGGCUACCGCGUCCACGUCUUUUCUUUACCCCCUCAAGCAUCGGACACUUUAUGAAUACCAUCUGCCAGGGUGACUUGGCAAACAGGAAUAUGUUGGGAUAUGUCGCAGAGUCCAAAAUGUUCGGCGAGUGGCACAUUUUCAGUCAUUCCUUUUCUUCAGGCUAAAAACUCAAGCUUGGACUUUGAUUCUAGUGUAAACCUCAACGUUAAACGUCGUGUAAUGCUCUUUACUGAGCCAUCUGAUAAGUUAUUCUGUAGCUACCGGUUUUGCUUGAAUAUUUGACCAUUCAAUAUUUGACCGACAGUUCGCUCUCUUAUUGUAUGACUAUACAUGACAUUCACACGCUACAUAAUCUAGCAUAGCUCAAAUUAAUAUACAGCUAUGCUCACUUAUUUCUGAAGGGUAGACCUAUACCGCGUCUUAUGUAGGCGACAUUCUGUUAUUCUUCUAAGUAGCCUGAUUGGAUGCGGUGCUUAUGAGAGAGGUAUAGGAUACGUUCCUCCGCUAUUUGUAACCCAGCAACCGUCUCAAUGAAUGGCUGGCUGAACAAAUCCUAUUAUUUUAAGAAUUGACACCAUUAUUAGAUCAGACCUAUCCCGCAGAGUCGACUAUUUCCAAUAUUGCCUGAGACAAAGUGACUGCAAGAUAAUACUUUUUUGGGGGGGGGUGGCACACGGAGAGGUCUAGCUUUGUAGCUGGAGUAAAUCAAAAAAGAUCCGUUCUACGUACAUGUGCCAACUAAAAAGGGUUCCACCCUCUACCUGAAAGGAGCGCACCUGGAUCCAACGAGACGGAAGUAGUUUGGAGAGAUUGAGAAACGCUCCACAACUGUACCGACUCUAUUCUUUUGGGGCAACAAUUUAUCUGGAAAUCCGCAUAUUUUGAAGAGGAUUUUCUUUUAGCGAUAUUCUUGACAUAAAUUAAUUGACUUUUUUUCAUCAAGGGUUUUGAUUGCAGUUCCCAUCCGUAUUAUGUAAUGUCCAGGUUACCUCCUUGCAACUGACUGUGUGUUUGGUGAAGUGCUGUGUCAAAUAAAUCUACCCCACCCAUCUCCAGAAGAAUGAGUGGUCUCCGCAGAGUUUUCCGAAGGCGAUUACACCCCUUGAAACUGGUGAUAGUGGCCCUUACCUUUGUCACAUUUUUGUUCCUUAUACAACGUGAGGUAGUAAGCCAAAGUCCCACACAAGAAGAGCCCUGGCUGAAGGAGAUAGCGGUCAAGCGGGAUGCCGUGCUGGGCAUGGUGAUGGGGGCCGUCAAUAACUUCAGGGAUGCCAUGCCAAAGAUGCAGAUCAGAGCCCCAGUGCGCCAGCAGGAGACUGCAGGGGACUUUUCCUGUUUGUCAGGGACGUACACGGCUGCUGAGCUGAGGCCAGUCCUAGAGCGUCCACCUCAGGACCCCAACGACCCCGGAGCCUCUGGGAAGCCCUUUCACACAGACAAACUGAGCCCUGCUGAACAGAAGGAGAAGGAUCGGGGAGAGGAGAAACACUGCUUUAACCUCUACGCCAGUGACCACAUCUCUCUCAGCCGUGACCUGGGCCCUGACACCAGACCACCGGAAUGUAUCGAGCAAACAUUCAAGCGUUGUCCACCCUUGCUGACCACCAGCGUGAUCAUUGUGUUUCACAACGAAGGCUGGAGUACUCUGCUGAGGACGGUGUACAGCGUCCUCCACACCUCCCCUGCCAUCUUCCUCAAGGAGAUCAUCCUGGUGGACGAUGCCAGUGUGGAUGAUGCAUUGAAAGAGGAGCUGGAUGAGUAUUUGAAGCGGCUGCACAUUGUGCGCGUGGUACGUCAGCGGGAGAGAAAGGGCCUGAUCACUGCUCGGCUGCUGGGAGCCUCUGUGGCCACUGGAGACAUCCUCACCUUCCUCGAUGCUCACUGUGAAUGCUUCAAUGGCUGGCUGGAGCCUCUACUGGCCAGGAUAGCAGAGAAUUACACUGCGGUAGUGAGUCCUGACAUCACAACCAUUGACCUCAACACCUUUGAGUUUAUGAAGCCCUCGCCAUACGGACAGAACCACAACCGUGGUAACUUUGACUGGGGCCUGUCCUUUGGCUGGGAGAGUCUACCGGACCACGAGAAACAACGGAGAAAGGAUGAGACUUAUCCUAUCAAGACACCAACUUUUGCUGGGGGACUCUUCUCUAUCUCCAAGGACUACUUCUAUCUUAUCGGAAGCUAUGAUGAGCAAAUGGAAAUCUGGGGAGGGGAGAAUAUCGAAAUGUCUUUCAGAGUGUGGCAGUGUGGGGGUCAGCUAGAAAUAAUCCCUUGCUCCAUCGUGGGUCAUGUGUUCCGCACCAAGAGUCCGCACACCUUCCCCAAGGGCACCCAGGUGAUCGCACGCAACCAGGUGCGGCUGGCCGAGGUCUGGAUGGAUGACUACAAGGAAAUCUUCUACCGACGCAACCAACAAGCUGCACAGCUGGCCAAAGACAGGGCCUUCGGAGAUGUCGCGCAGCGUGUGGACCUCCGGGAGCGGCUGCAGUGCAAGAGCUUCUCCUGGUAUUUGAAGAACGUGUAUCCAGAGGUCUUCAUGCCCGAUCUCAACCCACUCCACUUUGGCUCGGUGAAGAAUGUAGGUAAAGACUCGUGUCUGGAUGCAGGGGAGAACAACGAGGGAGGGAAGCGGCUGAUCUUGUAUCCAUGCCACGGACUCGGAGGAAACCAGUAUUUUGAGUACUCGACCCAUCACGAGAUCCGGCACAAUAUUCAGAAGGAGCUGUGUUUGCAUGGGACGGAGGCAGACGUGAAGCUGGAAGACUGCCAGUAUAAAGGCCGCAUCACAUUUGUAGGAGCAGAACAGAAGUGGGAGUUAAGGGAGAACCAGUUAUUCUUCAUCCCAGGAUGGAAUCGGUGUCUGAGUGCCCGUCAUGAGCACCCCUCCUUGGUUGCCUGUAACCCCUCAGACAGAUACCAACUGUGGCUCUUUGUCUGAGGACAUGACACAUGGACCUCGGCACUAGUGAUGACGUGUGCCCUGGGCAUUCUAGGACCUUUAGAACAAGUAGCAAUUGGCGUGCAUUUUUAAACAUAUUAUCAAAUUGAAUGUGUAUUUAUUUUUAAAUGUAGAAGAACUGCUGCUGGAAAGUUGGGGAUUUUGAGGAGAAUAUGCAACCUCGGGAAGGAAGCAUUCAAACUGAUACUGAAGAAUUAAAAAGGAAUACACUUUUUUAUUUUUAUCACGGUUUGGGUUAAGGGAUUAUUUUUCUUCUGCCAUUCAAGCCAACCGCUGCUUGUGGAUUGACGGCACUACCUGGGACUGGAAUUAGUGACUUUGGAUGGGUACUUAAUGAAGAGAUUUCCACUUGUCUUUUGUCUCUUCUGUUUCUGUCUUACUCCAGAGGGAAAUCAACAUUCCAUUUGAUUUUAUUUAAUUACAAAGGCUUGUUCUUUAUUGCCUACACUGAAUAAUUUAUUAAUGCAGUAGAUAUGUGAAAACCAACAGCAAAAUGGAAUCUCAAACAAUGCAAUAGUGAACGUGCCUUUUGCAUGAACAGAAUAGCUAAGACUGUAUGCACCAAAGACUCGUCAAGGGUUACUUUUGUAUUAAAAGAAAUGUUUGUAUUAUAGGUUAUUCAAUAUCUACCACUACUGCCUCUUUUUGUUAUGCAAAGUAAUUAUAUCAGGAAGGUACUAGACAUGCAUUCUCCCUUAACACCGCUAGAGGGUCUGAUUCCCCUCUCACCCAGCUGGUUUUCCUCACAAGCCAAUUGAGGAUCAGAGGCGCUGUCCAUAGAGUGCCUCUGGUUAUCUUGUGUAUAUGCUGUACUUUAUGAACAGCUAAUUAUGAUUUAAAUGUAAAUUCUCAAGUUGCAUUUUAACCAAGGGGCUUGAGUUGUGUGCUACUGUUAUAUUUGGCAUCCCAAAUUCAUAAUAAUCUGGUAUUUGCAAGAUAAGUAAUCUUUUCUUUUGCUUCUCCGUAUUGCUUUGAUGGGGCGUUCAGAGGUGUUUUAAUCAUAAGUAUGUUUACCUUUCUGGGACAGGCUUUAGUAACGUAACAUUUUCAAACACAAUUCCACAGUCACAGAGGUGGUAUUUGAAACAAUCUGUUGUGUACAGUUUGACUGCAUACCCCCCAAAAAUGUAACUUUCUAUCUCUACAAGAAUAGCUGGAUUUUUCUUAGGCCCCAGCCCCCAGGUACUUUAAACAAAACAUUUAAUAAAGUAAACUAAUGUUUUAGAUGUCAGGGAAUAAUGUAAGGUUGACACAUCUUAACAAGAGGUACUUUUGGAUAGUUUAGUUCUUUGUAAUGUAUUUUUCUAUGCUUGACAACGCAUUUAGAAAAACAUUUUUCUUUAGAAUAAAAUGCAUUUACAUGUUUUUGUAUAAUGUUCAUGGGAUCUGAAGAAAGGGAAACAUUUUAAGCUUUGUUUACAACAUGGAAUAUAUGAUUGUAGUUUUGAUUCAAGUCUGAGUUCCCGGUAUCCCACAGACAUCAGUGUUUUGAUCCAAGGAUGUGGGAUAGAUUUGUAUAAACUGUUUGUGUCAGUGUUAACUGACAAUGGAAUGUUAGAAUUUUGUUGAAUUUAGGGAUAUGCCUGGUCCUAGAACCGAAUGCCCUCGUGACUGAGUUUUCUAUUUGGAUACUUGAGGUUUUUCAUUUCUUAUGUUCAACAGGAGAGGGCGCUGUGCACAAAAUAAUUCAUCCUUGACGCAUCCCUGUCCAUAAUUUUUACUGGGCCUUCAGUUAUUGCAGGUGUACCCUUUCUCUAAACACACGUACAGCAGAUUUUUUUUUUUUUACAGAAAGAGUUCAAGCUAAAAUCAUUAAACAUAUGAAGAGAAGUAACA